AUGGCGAACAAUAUGGCGAACGAGAUUAAUACAGCUUGUAUAGCUGCUGCAAAUGCCUUACAGGCGCUAGGUCAUUUACAGCCUGGCUUUGCUAGCAAUAUAUCUCCUAGAUUAACUGAGAGCAUGAACGUUAACAACAGUACAGAAACCCAGACAUCGACUAUUCCAGUAACUCCAGAGUCAAUUCAAUCGCGUCUUCAAACGUGUUUUCCAACUAUCGCUGCUCGGCAAAGUCGUAUUCCUCCAAGAAGCGGCAGGGUUUCCAAAAGAACAAAAGGAAGACCACCUCAAGGCAGACCAAAAAAAAUGAUAAUUUAUAAAGACUUGGUUCUUCUUCCUUCCCCUGAUGUUGAAAAAGUACCAACACAUAACAGUCGGGUUAAGCUGGAAGAAAGACAGCUAGUUUGCCACGAAUUUCCAUUCAACAAAGACUGGGAUGAGAUGACGCUUAAACGUGAAAUAAUGAAACAAUUUCCCCAAGUAAUAAAUUUCGAAUUUGUGAAGCCUUGCUAUGGCAAGUUAAUUAAACCGAAAUUCGCAGAUGGAGUUCAAUUGAACUCAGAAAGAGUUAUCAAAAUGGCUGGGCAAGGGGCAGUAUAUGUGAGGUCAAAGUUUCCAUUGGCCGAAGAGGAUGAGGAUGAUGAAGAACUUCAGCAAUUCACUUUUAGUGAAAGUGAAAGUGGACGUAUUGAUGAUACUAAUUGUGAGACACAUACUUUAACAAGAGAGAGUUCUUUACUUCAACAACAGCAAUUUACAAAUUUUGUUAAUGAGUUGCCAGCAGCUAUGAACUCGCCUCAUUUUAAUGCUGAUGAAAUUCCGGACAACAUACAGGAGAUAGUAAUGGGUAACAAUAGUUGUCCAACAGAAAUGCUCACAGUGGAAACAGUAUGUAGCAGCAGUACUACAAGUGGGCAAAAUGUAUCAGAUACUUCUUCAGCUGAAAUGGAAUGUGGUACCAGUCUUGUAGAUGUAUCAGAUAUGAUGGUGGGGAAUGAAGAUUAUCAUGAUGGGCCUAAUGAGGCAAUUCCUAUAGUCCAGCAACCAUAUAAAGUAAUCAAGAUACACAGAUUAAAUGUUAAAAAAGAUAUGAUCACUGCAUUCAAGGAACAGUCUAUUAUGGACUGCAAUCUUACAUUUGUGUUUAUUGAUGGAAGAGGGAACGAAGAGAAAGGAGCUGGAAUCGGAGUGGUGAGAGAUGUUAUUAGUCUUUUCUGGAAAGAUGUGUAUGAUUCACUUCUCAUUGGCGAGAAUGAACGAGUGCCAUAUAUAAGGCAUGAUUACAAUAGAGCUGACUGGGAAGCUAUCGCAAGGGUGCUUCUUAAGGGCUACCAUAUGUGCCAGUACCUGCCACUGCUUGUUUCAAAAACGUUCUUGUCCUAUGUUUUAUUUGGAGAAUUGUCAAUCAAUGAUCCAAGUGUCCUAAUCCAGUCUUUCAUGCAGUACAUUUCUGCAGAUGAGAGAAGAGUAAUAGAGAAAAGCCUAACUGGAGACAUAGAUUUUGAAAACACAGAUCAGUUAAACGAGCUUCUGGACGUGUUGAAGAUAUAUGACUGCCGAUCACGCGUUACACCGGAAAAUAUUGCAAAGAUUAUCCAAGAAAUAGCGCAUAAAGAAAUUAUCCAAAAGCCGCAGUAUGUUACAGAUUGCUGGAAGUCCAUAAUCCAUCCCCUCGCAGAAAGCUUUCCAAAUCCAAAAGCCCUCAUGGACGUGUAUGAACAGAUAAAACCAUCUGUCAGCAAGAUAACAAAAUGCAUUCAGUCAUACCCAGAUUCCGAUGCAGAAAGAGAGUGUUUGGGAUUUUUCCGUCGAUAUAUCAGGGGUUUGGACAACCCUGAAAAGCUAUCAACCUUUGUACGAUUCAUCAGUGGUUCUGAACUUAUGCUAUUUGACGGUAUUCAAGUGACAUUUACUAAUUUAACUGGUCUUGAGAGAAGGCCAAUGGCUCGAACAUGCAAUACUUUAUUGCAGCUUCCAUCAACGUAUCAGUCCUUUCCCGAAUUGCGAGAAGAGUUUAAUAACAUUCUUUCAGGGGAUAAUUGGGAAAUGGAUAUGGUUUAAAGUGUUUAGGUAUUUGGCUAGUAAUACCUUUGCUGGUAACUACGUAUCUAUACAGAACAGACGGAAAACUGUCAUUGCAUGUGGUCGUUGAGUUAUCAUAGACACGAUAAUAGUUUUAUUUGAAACAUAUAUCGACUAAUUUUUUUAAAAAAUUGAUGUUAUUUACACUGUUAAUAUUAUGUUACUCGAGGCAGUCUUUACUCCAAACUUCAACGCAUUUAUGUUGACAUUUGCAAAAGGUUUGGGUCUCAAUAUUGACACGACGUUAUAGUUUAUAGUCUGCAUACAGAAAAUGCGUUGCAAGUUCUAAAGUUUGUCUUAUACUGCUCUAUGUAGAUAUACAUGAUCUUCUAUAUGUAUUUUUAGAAAACUAUGUAAAACCAAUUGAUUGUUUAUUGGUUGUGCAAGUGGUCCGGUCGUUGAAUUUAUAGUACCAGGUACUCCAGAACUUUGGACUUUGAGUAUAAUUUUUUGAAUGUUCUUUAGUACAUUUAUACAUACAACUUUAGCACAUGCAUUUAGUCGUAAAAUAAGGCAACUACUAAAUAACUGUGAUUAGGAUUAGCGUCCAUUUAACCACGUUACAAAUGCCAGUUGGCAAGUAUACCCAUGCAGUUAAGAUAUUCUUGCCUCCCUUCCAGACCAUCGUCAUUUAACGGGUGACAAUUGUCAUUCAAAUACCUCAGAUUUUCUUCCGAGAUGUGGAUAUCUAUUUCUGGCACAGAAACCUGAUAGUCUUCAUCUUCGAGUGGAAAUGGGCCUUCAAAGUCAAAGCCAUAAUAGGCCAUAUCAACUUCAGACAAAAUGCUCUCCACCCCAGUAUGUCCACUGUGCAUGUUCCGCAAUGUUCCGUC